GGGUAGCGGUGAUGCGAGUCGCCCUGAUCACCGGCUCUUUUCCAUCUUUCCGUCUUCAUUCAUUUGAUUGUAUGUGUUUACCCAUAGAUAAGUAUGACUGAGAGCGCGGGGAAUAAAAAUGAGGAUUGUCAUGCAGCGAAUGGUGUGAAACCAGGAAGAAAUGGCAUGGUGAAGAACCAUCAUCAUCACCAUCAUCAGAAGCAGGAGAAGGUUUACCAUGCUGCAUGCAAUGGAGAGCUUUACAGCAGGCCGUUCAUCGAGUCCUUUGAGGAAACUCCCAUGCUAGUUGCCGUGCUCACGUACAUGGGCUACGGCAUUCUCACGAUCUUUGGAUAUCUGCGGGAUUUCAUGAGGGAGUGGAAAAUAGAAAAAUGCCACAUAGCCAGAGAAAGGGAGGAGCAGAAGGACUUUGUUCCACUUUAUCAAGAUUUUGAGAAUUUCUACACAAGGAAUUUAUACAUGAGGAUUCGGGACAGCUGGAACAGGCCCAUUUGCAGUGUUCCUGGGGCCACGUUUGACCUCGUUGAGCGCAGUUCCAAUGAUUACAACUGGACCUUUGAGUACCCUGGGCGAGUGGUGAAGGAUGUGAUAAACCUUGGCUCGUAUAAUUAUCUGGGCUUUGCAGAGAACACAGGCGCCUGUGCCACAGCUGCUGGAGAGGUGACCGUGAAAUUUGGGGUGGGCAUGGCCAGCACCAGACAGGAAAUGGGCAACCUCGACAGGCAUGAAGAGUUGGAGAAACUGGUGGCGUCAUUCCUGGGAGUGGAGUCAGCUAUGGCUUUCGGCAUGGGGUUUGCAACCAACUCCAUGAACAUUCCUGCGUUAGCUGGCAAGGGAUGUCUGAUUCUAAGUGACGAGUUGAACCAUGCCUCUCUGGUACUGGGAGCCCGGCUGUCCGGCUCCACCAUCCGGGUUUUUAAACACAAUAAUAUGCAGAGCCUGGAGAGGUUGCUCAGAGACGCUAUCGUUCAUGGCCAGCCUAGAACACAUCGACCCUGGAAGAAAAUCCUCAUUCUUGUGGAGGGCAUCUACAGUAUGGAGGGCUCCAUCAUACGACUGCCAGAAGUUAUAGCCCUGAAAAAGAAGUACAAGGCCUACCUUUACCUGGACGAGGCACACAGUAUCGGGGCAUUAGGACCCUACGGUCGAGGGGUGGUGGAGUAUUUUGGACUGGACUCCAAAGAUGUAGACGUCAUGAUGGGCACCUUCACAAAGAGCUUCGGUGCUGCUGGUGGAUACAUAGCAGGGAGGAAGGAUUUGAUAGACUACCUGCUUACUCAUUCUCACAGUGCAAUUUACGCCACCUCUAUGCCGCUUCCUGUCGUGGAGCAAAUCAUCACUUCUAUGAAGUGCAUUAUGGGGAAGGAUGGAACGACAAUAGGCCGUUCACGUAUCCAGCGGUUGGCUGAAAACACAGUCUAUUUCCGUAGGAGACUGCGGGAGAUGGGAUUCAUCAUCUAUGGCAACAAUGACUCACCUGUGGUACCCAUGAUGCUCUACAUGCCCGCCAAAAUCGGGGCGUUUGGUCGGGAGAUGUUGAAGAGAAAUAUUGGAGUAGUGGUGGUGGGCUUCCCAGCCACGCCGAUCAUAGAGUCCAGAGCCCGCUUCUGUAUCUCUGCGGCCCACACCAAGGAAAUGCUGGACAGGGCGCUGGAUGUGAUCAGUGAAGUAGGCGAUCUGCUGCAGCUGAAGUAUUCGCGGCACAAAGUUCUUCCCUCGCUGGACCGGCCCUUUGACGAGACCACAUAUGAGGAGAACAAAGAGUGACAUACUUCCUAUCUGAACCAAAUGUGCACUGCUCAUCUUCUGCUCUCCAAAAGGAAGCAAUGAACCACUUAAUAAAUAGAUCUUUUUUU